CUGAGAGAGAGAGAGAGAGAGAGAGAGAGAGAGAGAGAGAGAGGGGGGGGGAGAGAAAGAGAGAGAGAGAGGGAGAGAGAGAGUGCUUCGCGAUCGAUAUUCGCGAGAGGUAGAAUGCUAGAGGUAGGAUAGAGAGGGAUAAAGAGAGAGAGAGAGAGAGAGAGUGAGAGAGAGAGAGAGAGAGAGAGAGCUCUUGGUUUAUACUACGAUAACGGUAAUUCCGCGGUCUACCCACCUUGUCUACAUCUACCUCGAAGAUUAUGGCCAAGGAAAUACCUGACCUUCCCCGUUCCGCCACCCUCUAUCCACACCACCCUCCUCCUCUUCGCCGGUCACGACACGUACACGAUCCGAUAAGAUCUAGACAAAUCAUAGCCGCGUGGACAUUCGCCUAAGUAUAGUUUCUAGAUAACGAGAUCGAUUCUAUAUAUCUCGUAUCAAUUUGAUUUCAUUUCGUUAUUAUUUUUUAUUUAAUUAGUAACUAAAAGGAAAGAGUUAAAGAAUAGAUUCGAAUUCGAACACCCAAAUCGUAUUUUUUUUCUCAAUUUUAAUUUACAUACACACACACACACACACAUAUAUAUAUAUAUAUAUAUAUAUACAUAUAUGAUAUAUGAAAUCGUUAUGAAUUAAUUAUAAUGUUAUUACGAUCGUUUCGUGAUUAGUUCAAUUAUUUAAAAAAGUUCGUUGGAAACUAGAGAUUAAAAUUCCAACCGAGUAUGAUUUCACUCGGUUACACGUGAUCCAAUUAAUUUUUAAAUAAUAUCCUCCAAUCGUAAAAAUUUCAAAGAAGCAUGAUCAUCCUUUUCACUCUUCUUUCUUCUUCCUCCUCCUUUUCGAUUUCUCUCUCUCUCUCUCUCUCUCUCUCUCUCUCUGUCUCUCUCGCGCUCUCUCUCUCUCUCUCUCUCUCUCUCUCUUUGGUUUCCUACGAGACUUCGACACGCGAACGAUAAAUUUGCGACACGCGGGGGGUAUAACCUGCUAAAUGUUCAAUGAAAGAUUUACAGACCGAUUAUCUAUCCCUACCGUUCUAUCUCAUGAGAGUAAAUCUUCUGCAUGAUUUAUCAAAUUACGUUCUACCUUUCCUCUCCCUUCCACCCUAUCACUAUUUCCUCCUUAAUUAUCAAAUUUUAUCGUAGACAAUAUGAUUUUAUCGAUUAUCAAUUGAUCGUCUGUCUUAAAUUUACAUAAUUAUAUAGUAGCGAAUCCUUUGAUUUUAAUUUCUUCUUUUUUCCUUCUUCUUCUUCUUCUUCUUCAUUAUCAUCUUCCUCUGAUAAUAAUUUUUGUAAUAUUUAAAAACGCGAAUAGAAACGAUAACAAUAUCACGCGAAAAAUCUCGAAUAUCGAUGAGUUCGAAUAUUACAAAUUGUACGGACGGUCUUUUAUUUCGAUUGACUUACAAAAAAAAAAAAAAAAAAAAAAAAAAAGAAAAAAAAAGAAGAAAAGAAAGAAAAAUAUACUUCUAUUAUUUAUUUUCUCGCAUGCAAAAGAAUAAAUAUAAUACAAGAUCGUAAUUGCGAUAAUCGCUUAAAAAGUGAUAACAAUUGAUUUCGAACGGAACACAUCGCGAACAGACCGAAUAGAUGAAAUCGAACGAAUCGAAAAAAAAGAAAUGAAAAAAAAAAAAAAAAGAAAACAAACUCCCAUUUCAGAUUACGUACGAAUAAUAAUCCUUAUAUGAUAUACACCUAUCCAGCUGAAAAAUAAACGAUCGAGAAACGAUGAAUGAAAAAAACAAAACGAUCAAAGUAUUGUGAGAAAUGGAAUAUCGAUAGAUCGUUUCGCGUCGCGGAAUGGGGGAGGUGGUAUAAAAAGAUAAGAAAAGAAAAAUAAAAAAAAAGGAACGAUGAAGAAGAAGAAGAAGAAGAAGAAGAAGAAGAAGAAGAAGAGAAAAGAAGGAAGAAGGAAAAUAAAAAAGAAAAGUGAGAAAAGAAAUGGAAAUAACAAAGGAGGUUCGUUUGAUCGUAGGAAAAGAAUGGAGAGAAGAAGAGGAGGAGGUGGUGAAGGAGGUGGUGGAAGAGGAGAUGGAGGAGUGACAGUAGUAACAGCAGCGUUAGCUCUGGCCACGGCCUGUCUGAUGGUGCAGGGUGUGGUGGGUGCAGCCACGAGCAAUCCUCUACGUGCCUCCCACCUCCUCACCCUCGAUCAAUACGCCCCCCCUUCACCCCCGUACAACAACCAUGGACUGCUCGGGUUUUACGGAAGAAGAAGCAGCAACGACGGAAGCUCCACGGAGGAGAACGUGAACCAACAGCAGCGCUAUCAUCAAUAUCAACAGCAACAGGAACAGCAGAUUAAUCGGAAGUUCCAAGAUGAUUCUCACAUCUAUCGAUCGAUCGACGAUCGUCAUAACCGACGUGGCUCACUCAUUUCAUUCUCGGCCAAUGAUUUGUCGAUAGGAAAGGUUUACGACAACGAUAACGUAGGAACGAUCUCGAGAGACUCGGCCGGUACGAUCGUUACUCAGAAUGACAAGGAAAGAUCGAAGCAUUUAUCCGGUAAGAAUGAAUACGAUGGGAAAAAGGCCGGUGGCGAUGAUUACGUUGUUCCACCAACCGAAAUGGACGAGCCUUUCGUGGCUGACGAAACGUUUCAGGACGAGGGUCCUGGUUCAGUAGAGAUAUACAAAUUGGAUUUGUUUGAGGGUAGGAAAUCCUUACCAAGUCCAAUGUCUAACGUAAAGGGAGUAAUAAUGACGGGGUUGACGGGAUUAACGUUACCAACCCCGACAUCUAUCGCUACAUCGGCUACGAUGAGAAUAGGUAAUAACAAGAGCAAAAUGCCAAAGAAAAGUUCAGGGCUAAGUUGGAAGGUUGGAAAAUCGUCAAACGGGUUGUUAAAGUCAACGACGAUAACCAUGGUUAGUACCGGUAAUGAUAAUGAUAACGAUGGCGGUGCUACUGGCAGUGGCACCAAUAAUGAUACCAAGGACCUUCACGGUAGAUCGAAUUUCUUGGAUUCAGAAUUAAGGUCGGAAGUACCGAGUAACGUUGAAGCUUUUGGAGUUGGGGGUGUGCCCGAGUUACAAGUUGGUUGCGAGGGUCUCGAAGCUCCUUCCUCUUCUUCCUCCUCCUCCUCCUCUUCUUCCUCCUCGGCCACUUCCUUUUCCUAUUUCUCACCCUCUUCUCGCAAACUGAAGAGAUCCGUUGAGAAGACCGAGAAAACCGGGGAACCGAAUGGUAAAGCAGAGCAACCUACGGCACCGUUCAAUGUCGUACCGAUAUCACUUGAUCUCGACUACGAUAUAUCCGCCGAGAGUUACGAGGAAAUGGAUGAGCUCUUCAAGUUGAAAAAGUUAGAGACUGAGCCUAAGAGAAAUAAAGAGAAUCGUGGCGACAUAGACGCUAUGGUAAAUGAUUUUUUGAUUCAGGAUAGAAACGUCAAGGAGAGAUUACCUGUUAGAGGUGAUCUCGGUAAUUCGAGUUUAUCGAGCGUUGUCGAAUCGAUUAAAAACGUUAACGAUUUGAAAGGUAGUAGAAGGAAAAGGAGUAGUAGAAGUAGUAGUAGUAGUAGUAGUUCAUCGUUAUCCGAUACGAAUACGAGCGGAUACGUUUCGCGUUUCAAUGGUCGUUCUCGAAAGUUGUUAUGGGUCGACACUGAGAGGGACUCCGGUUUAUGGGGUUACGGUGAGAACGAAGGUCUAAUAUCUAGCGACGAAUUGGAUACCGAACAAAGAAGACGACAACAACAACAACAACAACAACAACAACAACAACAACAACAACGACAACGACAACAGGAUAAGAACAUAGUCAACGUUCAAAUCGAUAAGAUUCGAGAGGAAUACGAUAAAUUGUUGAAACAGCAAAGAAUAGAGGAAGAGGAAAGAUUGCGAAGGUUCAAAGAACUCGAGGCAAGAAGAUCAACGACGUCGAACUCUGUUCGAGAUGAGGAAGAUAGAAGGAAGAAAUUUUACGAGGAUAGAACGAGAAUGGAGGAAUUGCGUAGACGCGAGGAAGCGCGAAAAAGGGAGGAGGAACAUAGAAGGAGAAAUUUGAUAACGGAGGACAGAAGGGAUUUGGAGAACAGACGAAGAGAAUGGAUGGCCAAGAGAAGAAAGGAGGAAGAGGAGAUGGAACGAAGGAGGAAAUUGUUGGACGAAGAGAGAAGGAGACGGGAAAAAUUGGAAGAACGGAGAAGAAUGAAAGAUCUGCCGAUGGCAAAUUUACAAUUGGCUCGUUAUAAUUUUAAUAAAAACGAAAGUAGAGAGAACGAGGAAGAGGAGAGAAGGAAGUUGGAAAGGGAAUACAUAGAAAAAAAUCGUCUUUUAGAGAGACAAAGAAUGGAUGAUGAAAGAAGAAGGCAGAUGUUAGAGGAGGAGAGAAGGAGAAGGGAGGAGGAAAGAAGAAGAGAGGCUAUGACGGAGGAGAGAAGGAUUGAGGACGAAAGAAAGAGAAUGGAAGAGGAAAGAAGGAGAGGGACAUUGGAGGACGAAAAAAGGAGAAUUGAGGAGGAAAGAAGGAGGCAAGAGUUUGAGAAAGAGAGAUGGAGAAUGGAGAAUGAAAGAAGAAAGCAAAUAUCGGAAGAAGAGAAUAGAAGAAGAAUGGAAAUGGAGAGAUCGAGAAGGUAUAGGAAUAACGUGACGCGUGACAGAAACGACGACGAGGAAUAUCGAAGAAAAAGAAUAAUGGAGGAACGUCAAAGGAGACUAGACGAGGAGAGAAAGUUGCAGGAGUACGUGAGAAGAAAUCAACCGGUCGAACUUAGGAAGGAUGAACGAAGAAACGAACAUUGGAACGUUUCACGAAGAUGGAGGGAAAGAGAGGAGGAGAAGAGGAAGGAGGAGGAGGAGGAGAAGAAGAGGCAGAUGGAAAGGACGAUGGAGGCUGUCAGGCAAAUGAAUCGAUCCAAUAGAUAUCCACCAAGUUCGGGAUAUGAGAGGAGAGAGCACGGUCCCUCUGCUCCGACUUACAUCGAUCCUAGAGUCUCGCUGGACGAGGCUAGAAGGAGACAGGAGAUUGAAGCAUUGGAACGACGACGUAAGGAGGAAGAGGAGCGAAAACGACGAAUAUUGGAGGAGGAACGAAGGAGAGAGAUCGAGUAUAAGAGGGAACAGUCGAGAAGAUAUGAAGAGGAAAGAAAGAAGAUGGAAACAUUUAGACUCGAGGAAGAUAGAAGGGCACAGGAAAUGAUCGAGAAUCAGAGAAGAAGAGGUAUGACAUCUGUGCGAAGAGUCGGGCCUACGGCUACCGUAAGCUCUGUUCUUCCAGUUUUGGAGAAUUUAAUGGAGAAUCGAAGAACAACUGAGAUACGUCAAAGGGAACGACUGAGAGAACAACAAAGAGAACAACAAAGGAUCAGGGAGGAAGAAGAGAAAAAGAGACAGGCGAUUAUAGCACGACAAAAUGCACGACGUCAGCAUGAGAAUAGUGCCAAAGUCCAAUGGGAAAAGGAAGAUAACAGGAGAAUUAUGAAUGAACAAUAUAGGCGGCAUGAGGAAGCCAGAUUGAACGCGUUACCGGUUAGCGCUAGGAUAAUAGUUCAACCCAAAGGAUCCUUGCCCCAUUCAAGGCCGACGUUCACGUCGAGGGCAGGCUUUGAAAACGAGAUCAAUUUCCCGAACGUAAAUCGACGCAACAACGGAGUACAAACGACGAUAUUUCCACCAUACGUUCGAAGUCCUAAUCCUUGCGUUUGGGCCGUCGUUCAUUGCUGUCCAACUAACACGAAUCGUCUCGUCACGUGUUUCGAAUCGCUCGGUUGUCCCGGAGUGAAUUGGGAUCCAAAUCCCUGCAGAGGAGCCAUCGCGGAUGCUGCGAGAGAAGAGGUCAUGAGAUUUUACAAUUCACAGGAAGAGGACGACCGUAAUUGAGUGACCCCAGCCAGCCAUCACCCACCCACCUACCUACCUACCUACCUACCUACCUACCUACCUACCUAUCUACCUAACCCUUUCGAAUUUUCGAAAUCAACCGCGUAUGAAAGCGACUUUUCUUUCUCCGUCACUCUUUUUUUUUUUAUUAUUCUCUUGUUUUUUUUUUUUUUUUUUUUUUUUUAUUUUCUAUCGAUCUUCAUAUCUUUCCUUUUCUUCUUUUAUUGUUUCUUAUUUUUCCUUUUUUUUUUCUUUCUUCUUUUUUUUUUUUUUUUUCUCUCUUUAUUUUCUUUCCCCAUUAUCAAUCUCUCGUUUGCGCAACGCGCGCGCAUGCGCGCGUAAAAGAGGAAAAAAAGAGAAAGAGAUUUUUUUAAUUGACAAAAAAAGAAAAAGGAAAAAACAUUCAGAAAGAUAUUCUCGCAUUAUAGAAUGGAAAUUAAUUGCAAACGUAUGAGCGAUCGACCAUUAGUAUUGAAUAGCGGUAAAAUUUUUCAUAUACUGCCGCGCUUGGAGAUGACUAACACUUAGUAUACGUAUAGUCUAAUAUAUUUUAAUAUAUAC